GACUUGAAAGCGAAACUGGAGGCGAAGAAACCAACUCUUGAAGAUGCCAAGGGUUUAUGUGAGAAGUUGACUGAUCAGAACAAAGACGAACCGCUUAUCGUAGCAGCCAUUAAAGACAAACUUGACAAAGUCGAGUCGCCAUUUGAAGACCUCAAGGCAAAACUCGCUGACCUUGAGGGAAGACUACAGGCAGCACAGAUACGCUCACAGGAAUUCAACGUGUCUUUCAGUGUGUUUACAGACAAGCUGCAAGACUUAGAAGAACUUUCCACCAACCUGAAGCCUGUGUCCGCCAUAUACGACAGGCUCAAAGAACAGAAGAACGAUGAUGAGGUAUAAAGUGGUUUUUGUUUCCGACCAGCCUUUCUCAAACAAAAGUCUUGCCAACAUUUGUCAAAGAUAAUCGGUUCUUAAAAACUUUGUAAUACCGUACCACUGUGAUAUUUUUCCCUGAGAGGAUUUUAUACCAGAAAAGGUAUACAGGUGAGGCUCCGUUUACUUCAGAGCGACUCGAAGUUCUACUUCAGUGUUUAAAUUGUGACACAAAGAUCCCAUCUUAUCCGAAAUUCUAUUCAUGAGAAAAAUACCACUCCGCGCUCCAAAUUUGUGAUCUACUGGAUGUAAGAACGGUAUAAUUUCCCAAAAAGAGGUGACCUAUUAAAGAGUGAAUGAAAUACUAACUGUAAGUUGUUUAUCACAGGAACUGCAAGAAAAGAUCAAACAACAAGAACCUGUUUUUGAACAGCUCUUGAGCAAUGGCAAAAAUCUCCUUGAAAGCGCAGAACCUGGGGCUGAGAAAGACGAACUCGAGGCGAAAAUCGCUGACACAGAGAGGCGCUGGAAUGAAAUCAAACAAAUUGCGUCUGAACACUCAGCUCGUGUUGAUGCAGCUCUCCCCGAAGCGGAGACAUACCACGAGAGCGCCGGCAGUCUUGGGCCGUGGUUGGCGGAUACGGAGAGAAAAUUGACAUCCUUAGAACCUAUUGUAGCCAAUCAAGACGUUGUGGAGAAACUCAAUAAUGAAGUAGCGUUGCUUCGUGAAGAUAUUGACAAACACAGACCAGAGAGAGACUCAGUAAGUGAGAAAUCGAGAGCUGUUGUAGAAUUGACUGAUGCCGAUGGAGACGUUAUAAGGAACGAAGCUCAAGAGAGUGUAGAUCGAUAUGACGCAUUGGAUACAGCUCUGGCUGCCAAAGAGAAAGAUCUACAGGACGUGAAGCAGAUGUUGGACAAGUAUCACGGUCUGGUGCAGCCUGUACAGGAUACACUGGAAACUGUCGGCGCAGAGCUUGCCUCACAAGGACCAGUUAGUGCUGACGUGAAAAAGAACGAGGAAGAUCUUGCAAAGACUAAGGCAAGUAUUGUGUAUCACUCGACUAAAAGUUUUUUUCUUUAGAGGAGGAAAAGGAGUUUUGUCGCUAGUAAAGCGUAAUCAUCUUAGACAUCUCAUCUCGAAUGGUACACCGGUUGCAGGUGACGUCGCCCCAUUGAAGUUUCGCAAAUCUGUUUUGAAUUUUGCUUGUUACAGUACUUACAAAAAGGAGAAAGAGUUUAAAAGCGCCGUUUUGAUCACUUGACACAUUUACUUUACUUACAGGUAGUAAACUUUUGUGUUCGGCUGUACAUCGUGUUGAGUUCAGUGUUUCGUUCGUUGCAAAUUUUCUUCUAUCUGGUGUUUCAUCGUUUUUCCUUUCCCUGCCAAACAGGCGUUAAUUCGUCAACUGAACGAUAUGAAAGACAACCUCGACAGUGCAGAGACAAGUGGCAAGGAAACAGCUGCGGCUAUUACAGCCUUGGACGGCGAUCCCGCUCUUGUCCAAGAGGAACUCAAAGCGGUUAAUGCCAACUACGAUUCUCUAAUGGAUCAACUGAAGGGCAAACAGUCGCAGCUGGAGCAGGCGAUAGGUCAAGGUCUGGAGCUACAAGACAAACUGGAUGAAAUUGAAGCCUGGACUGCAGACAGUGCUGAGAAGGCAGAAGCCUGGGAACCAAUCAGUACAGAUGCCGUCACAGCCAAGAAACAGUUGGAGGAGUUACAGGUAUGAUUACUCCUUGAAGGAUGAACAUUAAUUUAACGCACAUCACGCUUUAAUUCUCUGAUCUGAUUUGUAAUUCUCACUUGUAGUUGCCACACAUGUCCUUGUAAAUAAGGGUAUGAGAACUCAGUGCUACAAUCAGGAUACCACUUUCCGACAAAAUAGGUUCUUUAAUCUCUUGAUGACUGCAUAAUUUGGUUAAAUUUUGAGGAGAAGUUAAGAAUUAGUUACUUAUUGAAAGUUCAAGGUUUCAAGAAGGAAGGGAUUCAGUUCCCUGAGAAAAUCUGGAUUUUGGUUGAACUUAAAGUUAAUUAGUUAAGGGAAAUUAAACUUUUGCAUGAAAUUUAAAAGGAUCAAAAUCUUCCAUUGAUUUACAAGGAUUCUAAUUUUUACAAUUGCAACACACAUGAAAUAUAAUAAGCAAACCAUGAAUGCAACUAUUCAAUGGUUAUUUAGCGUUUAUUGGUGUUUGGUGGACGACAUGAAGCAUUUAGUCGCUUGAGUUAAGUUUCUUUUGAACUUAAUACAUGAAGUUCGCUGUCGAAAGGCGGGAAAUGAGACUGAUUGCUUGUGGUUGCCAAAGCCCCCUUAAGCUUUUGAUAACUUCCUUGAGAAGUCAGACAUGUUCUUUACUCGUAAUGUAGAAAAUAAUUUUCCUAAAAUUUUGGCAGGGUUAAAUCUAAAGCUUUACUUUCGAUUGCAGGCGAUGAAGGAUGAUCUCGAAAAACAUCACGCUAGUCUAAAAGACUCCCAAGCUUUAGCAGAGAAGCUGCUGUCCGACAGCGAAGAUCCGAUCGCUGCAGCUGAACUUGAGAGCCGUCUGUCCAGAGCUGAUCUCGAGUUGAAAAAACUCUUAGAUAAGAUCGAAGCGCGGGAAAAUCAGCUUCAAGCAGCCCUUGCGCAGUGUGAUCAGUUCGAGGCUGAUUCAGAUGAUUUCUUACGCUGGCUUACCAAGACGGAGAGAACUUUCGCCAAGCUCAGGCCUAUUUCAGCUGAUGCAGGGACAGUUCGAGAACAAAAAGAUAGCUUCCAGGUUGGUAUGAGUAUCAUCCGAAGCUCUUCACAGUAGCCCUUAAAGAGACUUAAAAAAAGUAAUUACAAUCCUUUAGUGUUUUCUCAGGCAAGUCUAUCCUUAAUUUGCUCAAAAAGAAAAAAACUCAUUGACGGUAGCAAAUUCCAGGCUCGGCAGAAAAACAAUCAAUAUAUACGCUGCCACAGAAAACAUCAUAAGCUAGGAAUGAUUUUUUGGAGCAAUAGUAUCUGCGCAACUGCGCACCUGCCCCUCCCUUAACCCAGCGUUUACCAUAACUUGUUAUCAGCGGAAUGUUGUUGGGCUAGGGGAGGGGUAGGUGCGUAGUUGCGCAGAUGCUGACGUUGAUCCUAUGUUUCGAGUUUGUAUAAUGGUUUGAAUAAGACGAAUCCACUCCCUACGAACCUGUGAUAAAUAGAGAAUAAAGUGAAGUUUUCCCAUGUUACGUACUUGCUCUAAAAGUGAUAGAGCUUUUCCAGCUAAUUUGUUUGAAACUUUUCAGCCCAUCCACCAGGAGAUAAGAGAAAAAGAACCAACUUAUGCGGCCCUGAUGGCAGCUGGUGAACAAUUGAAGGAAACAAGUCAGCUACCCGCUGACCAAGAAAACCUACAGGAAAAACUUGAUAAUAUGAGACAGCGAUGGACUGAGCUAAAUACGACGUCUGAUGACCGAACCAACAAUUUAGAAAAAGCGGUAGAACUGACUACCGAGUACCAGGAGCAGCGCGGCCACUUUGCCCCAUGGCUAGAUUCAGCAGAAAGAAGAGCGGACGCUAUUCACUUGACUUGUGAUUCAGAAGCUCUGGAGACAAACAAGCAACAUGUCGAGGUAUUCAUACACAGUACAAUUAGCCAGUUCUUCGUUAGGUGUUGUUUUUGUUUCUGUGUUUGUCUGUUUGUUUUGUGUCAUUUUCAAACGGUUGAUUUCUCAACUUCAUGAACGAAUCAUUAUCACAUCAUCAAGAAAUUAUAGAUGUGAAUCUUUCUUAUUCCUCAGUGUCAGCUCUAAUUGAAAAAUGUGUAAAAUGAACAAUCGAAGUUGUGUUGCAAAACACGAACUGGAAUUUCACGAAAAAUAUUCCGACUUAACUGUGCCUAGAAUACUUGCUAGUGAUUGGAAUUGCACUUAAGUGAUCAAAGUCGUCAAAGUUUGCAGAUGCUAGUGAUUAUCUUUUGGUUAUAUUUUUAUGUUGUAAUGAUGCCUUUGGUGCCAGUUUAUAAUUUGCAUUUUUUUUAAACAGGAACUCCAGCAAGAUGUGGCGAACCAUUCUGAUCCGCACCGUGACCUGGACAACACAGCGGAGGGAAUCACUCAAGUCUGCGUAGAAGAAGUCAGUUCUGUCGAAGACGACAUUCAAAAUCUGGACAAGCGAUGGGACGAAUUGAACAAAAACCUUAAGGACAAACUUGCAGAUAUUGAGACCUUGCAAGGUCAGGUGAAGGAGUACAGAGACAUUGUUGACAGUGUUGAUGAGAAAAUAUCUGUGGUCGAAAGUGAAUUUAACUUGGAAAGGGCUCCCGUAUCAGAUGUAAAGAGAUGAAGAAACAUAUUCAAGAUCUUGGGUCGCUGAAGAAGCAGGUUGAAGAGUUGAAACCGGACGUUCAGUCCGCUUUAGAAGCUGGGAACAGUAUUCAGGAGGGUAACCCAAGCGCUGACACUACUGCUGUUGAAUCAGAUAACAACAACCUUCAAGAGCAUUAUGCCGCUCUCGAAGAUAAGAUGGCCUCUGCGAUUGAAAAUAAUAAGAAGAUUCUAGAGGAUUUAGAGGAGUACUGGGAACAACAGGAUAAGGUCGUGGAACAGGUAAAGGAGACUGGGGAUAAAUUGGGAGAAAACAAACCAGCGGUGAUGGAUGUUGAGAAACUGAAAGAGCAGUUGGAGAAGGCAAAGGUACGGCACUCGUUUAAAUUGACACUUAUCUGCAUGUUCUUCUUGCUAACCAAUGCAACGUGAAAGCUUUUUAAGAGACUACGUUGUAAUAAAUGAACUCUUGAAACAUUGACCAGUGCUUAAAUCACAAACUGUGAGUGAAGAGGAUUUACUGAGGAAUCCUCAGUCGUUCAGUAAUUGGAGAAAGAAUUGUUACCAUUUAAGGUUUUGUAGUCAGUGGUGUUGAUUUUUAGAUGGAAAUGUUAAUUUCGAUCGGAACUGUCGUGAUUGCUUUAAGUUUUGCUUCUGAUUGGUUGAGAGGGUGACACCUGUUUUCUGGAAUAAUCAAAGAGUUACUUAAAAUUAAACUAAUGCAGUUCCUGAUUACUUACUAUACACAUUUAAAACUAUUCUCUUGAUGUUUGUUAUCCAGCUGUUGAAAGCAGGAGUAGAGGAUCUUAAGCCGGAUGUUGACACAGUUAACAAACAAGCUCAGGAUCUGAUCACUGCUGGCCUGGGAUUAGAUUCUGCGGUAGUAAAACAAAUGUCUGACACCGACAAACAGUGGAAUGACGUUAAGGACGCUGCAGCCGAUCAACAAGCGGAAAUCGAGAAGGCUCUUCAAGAGGUGGAAGAGCUACAAGAAGCCUUACAGAGAGCAGACCAAGCCAUGACUGAAUCAGAGGAGAAAGUGAAACAGUUACCACCUGUUGGUGCAGAUGUUGACACGAUUAACCAACAACUGGAGGGCAUAAAGGUCUGAGCUUCAGUCUUCUCCACGCUAUUUUCCCCAUAUUUCGAAGGAUAUCCAUGGGGGAAAUUUUGUAAAUGAUCAAGAAAUCUUUCACUUGCUGAUCAUUUCCUUUUUUUCUCGUAAUAUAUUUGGAUAAUUGUUGAGGGAAAAGUAGAUGCUGUUUACUGCUAGGGGCUAAAGGGUUUUGCUCUAGGUACCAGAUCCUCUGCCACUCUCAAAGAAGGAAAUGUCAAUGACAUAAUGACCAAAAGACAAGCAAAACUUUGACAUUAUAAAGGUUAUAAAGCUUUCAUAGGCUGGGAUCGCAUAAGAUUGCCUUGGAAAUACUUAAACAUUUUUGCAAAAUCAGCAGCACCUCGUGAAGUUUCUGUUCGGUUGAUUUCCCUCAACUCGGACAUACAUUAAUACGCGAAUCCUCUACAACAUAGCAAACCGUGCGACAUGAAAGUUGCGUCUAAGAGCAAUUGUUUUCACUUCAAAAAGAUCUAAAGUAACAAUGCCUCCAUAUACCUUACCAUUUAAUCUAUCUUUUUCUGGUCAAACGAACUGUAUUAAAUAAAAGUGCUGCCUCGUUGCCUCUCUUUGAAAGGCACCUCAGUGCUGCCUUACGUUAAUUUCCAAGAGGAGGUUUGAGUGAGAUUGUCAACGAAGUCUUUUGGGUUAUUAAGUGUAUGAGGUAGUAUCGUAAUUGUUUGGAGCUCUUUCGCCAAAUUUUAUAUAUUUGCUAUUGUAUUUUUAUAAUUUAGGAUUUACAAAAAGAAAUUGAUGGAAUUCAAGAACAACUCGCGGCAAUUAAUGACCUGAAAUCCAAGAUGGCUGUAGCCUACCCAGACGCAGACACAAGUGAUAUCGAUACGGCCAUAAGUAAUCUUAACCAACGACUCGUAGCUUUAAAUCAAGAUCUUGGAAACAGACAGAGUAAGCUGGAAAGCGCACUGCUGGCCUGUGGAAAGUUCCAGGAUGCCUUGCAGUCGUUGCUAGACUGGCUGGCAGAGAGUCGUGAACUAAUAGAGAAUCAAGGCCCCAUUGCAGCCGCCGACCCGAAUGUCAUGAAGGCUCAAAUGCAAGAACAGAAGGUAAUUUUUGAUUCGCCGCCAAACUUUUUAUAUUGCCCUCUGGAUGUUUUUUUCCUUCUUCAUAAAGAUAAGUAUUAAGAAAUUGCUUAUUAUUCCCUUGGAGGUGAAAUUGUUCAAAGUAAGCAAACUUUGUUCUUUACCACAGCUAUUUACCCGAAUGAUCGCCGAUCGAGCGCCCGCCGUAAAGUCCUUACAGGAGACUGGGGAAGAGGUUCUGAAAAGCGCCGACGAAGAAACUAAGGCACGAAUCGAGGAAGGACUCGAAAACGUAACACGCCAGUGGGAGGAGCUUAAUAAUAUGACAGACACCAGGAAGAACGCACUGGACGCAGCCAUGGAGGCGGCCGUCAGUUUUGACGCCCUGCUUAAUGACGCCAACAAGAAGAUAACCGCCGCUGAAGAGGAACUACAGGCUCAACAACUUGGUCAGAAGGUAGAACCUGCAUCCAUCCUAGAGGAGGCCAAAACACUACAGGUGAGAAAUCCUAAUCGACUGCUUUCUGAUGUUGAAAGGGUUUGAAUCUAUUUUUGUCCCCUACCCCCUACCCCCUACCCCCUACCCCCCCCUCCCCGCAGCCCUUCUCAUCUCUACCACAUUCUUUAGCUCGUCAGGUAUCUGAGGGUUGCACUUAUGCAUCUCUUCGCUUGUAGCAGCUUAAUAAAGAUUCAUUUUUUUGUUUUGACAUACUGCCCUUUAAUUUAUUUAUCAGGCCUUGUGCGAACAAAUCGACGUCUUGGAGUCCCCCGUUCAAGAGGCCACUCAAGCAGGCGAGGAACUCAUUUCACACUGCACAGAUGACGAUAAGAACCUAGUCCGUGACAAAACAGACAAGUUGUCACAGCGUUACCAGACACUGCGUAACCAGGCAGAUGAAAAGAGGAAAGAGGCUGAGGACGCCGCCAAACUUUCUGAAGAUUUCUUUAACGCUAAAGAUCAGUUGAUGGCAUGGUGUGAUGAGACAGCAAGAAAGCUGGAAGAUGCAAAGGGAGAGAGUGAAAAUGUUCAGCAGGAGAAACUUCAGGUUAGUAUCAAUGAACUUUGCACUGCCAUUACUGCUACAGGGCUGACUUAGAAAGAAGUGCACAGCUUGUUGAGUAACGUGAUAUUCUCUACAAAACGGCGACAACUUCGUCACUGUGUGUGAGGCUAAAGACAGAUGUUUGUGCCUUGGUUACCCUUCAACUCGCAAGAUUUUAUUAGAACUUCGCCCCUACAGCAAACAUGUUCUUGUUAAUAGAGCGCUUUUUGAUUGAAUUUCGUAAAUCCAGAGCCAAAGUGAUCAGAUCGGCCAAUCACAAGAAAGAGUGAGAAUGGCGCGAGUUUUUUUGGACCAGAGCGAAGUGCAGCAAAACCAAUACUAUCUUGGAUUACUCUCGACACUCAAUUGAAAAUUUUUCCAAGUCUUGUGACAAGAUAGUGGAUUCCAUGUAAUACUCCUGGCUCAUAAGUCUCUUCCCUUCACCUGUUUGCUAAAUAAUGUAUCGAAAUACAGGGAAGGAGCUACAUUGUAAUUUCUUCCCAACGUAAAAGGGGUCCAGCCUCGUGAGCAUAGCACGAGUAACAAAAUUUGGCCGAAAGUCUGAAGAGGAAGACAUUGGUUCAUUAUUCUUAUUUAUCUUGUUAAAGGAAAUCCAGAAGGCUUUGUCGGCCAAGGAACCAGAUCUUUCUUCAUGUAAAGAACUUGGAGACGACCUUAAGAAAUACCUCGUCCAAGAAGAAAAACCAAAAGUAGAUCAAGCACAGAGCGAGGUGGACGAAAAGUGGCGCUCUUUGCAAGCCGAUGUGGACGAGCUGGCCAAGAAAUUGUUUUCAUCUCAGGCUCGUGUAGACAGUUACCAGCUUGAAGUGAACGAGUUGAAGGCGUGGCUCACUGAUACUGAAGGAAAGCUGACCAAUUUGGAGCCUGUGGGGGUCGAGCCAGAGCAAGUCAAACAACAGUUGGGAACACAGGCGGUAAGCUGCGUGGCUGUGCGGAAGAGGCUAUGUCAGUCUGAUCCUCCAAUACCCCCUCGCGCUUACUUAGAGUGAUGAAGGAAAAAAAAAUUAUGCUAAAGGAAACAGCGAAAUUAAUUGUAGAGUUUUAAAAUAUAAGAUGUGUCUUGUAAAUUGAACACGGAAGUUCUUACAAUAGCACUGGUUUUAUUUGUAAAACUAGGAGUUCUCUAACGAGUAAGCGUGUUGAGAGGGUGAUUUUCCUUAUUCUCAUUACCUCUCUGCGGGACAGUGCACUGAAAUAGUAAGGAAAUUGUACGUACUCAUCGCCUCUGGAGUUGAAAGGGUUGGCGAUCUUUUAUACAAGUUUCUCGUUUUCUGUUUCUAGGCCCUCAACGCAGACGUUGCAGCCCAUGAGAAACCCGUUAAAUCUGUGUGCGAGAACGGCGAGGCGCUGAUACCAGCACUUAAGGAUGAGGAACAGCAAGCCAUCAAAGACGAUCUCGAAAGUAUCAAGACUCGCUACCAGAGUGUAAAGAAUGACACGUCAGUUAGGCAGGCAGCUUUAGUAGAGGCUCUGUUGCUGUCUCAGCAGUUCAGAGACAUUCACAAAGAAGUGGUCACUUGGCUUGAUCGCUGCGAGGAAAACUUCCGUAAGCUGGACGAUGAAUCGGUUGCGGAACUUCAACAGGAGAGAAUCAAGGUAAUUUUCUUUUGCUUUACUGAGAUAUUUCCGUAGUCUUUAAAACCUUUAGACUCUAAGAAGGCACGAUCACGAGUUUGGAAAGUUCCUGUGGUGCAGCUUGCACGGGGAAGCGCGAUCCUGCGACAUUUCAUUUCACUGGUGUCUAUUCAUGCUCCUGGAGGGAGAAGAGGCCCCCGAGACAGUUAAGUGCCCUGCGUGGGGGCACAACACCAGCGCGUCAACCACUACCUAAACGCGUCUUACCUGUUUUCAAUUUCACUCCUUCAUUGAAAGAACGAGUUCUUUGGUUUCUUUUGCAGUCAAUCCAAGAGGGUAUCACUGCCCUUAAAGUUUUAAUCGGCAAUUUGGAAGAGACUGGAAGCGACCUUGUUAAGUUGAGCGGCCCAGGUGAGGCAUCCACUUCAAUUGAACAAAAGGUGGCAGCUUGUGUUGAGCGCUACGAACGACUUCAGCUACAGACAGAGGAGCGAGGAAUCAAGAUCGGAAUGACCCUAGCACAAGAAGAAGAAGUGCAGACCAGAUUGGACGAGUUACAGACACUGUUAGAAAAGAGAAAAGAAGAGUUUGGAAGUUUGAAACCGAUCAGUGUGAGACCAGAUGUAAUUCGUGAACAGAUUGAAGAGCUGAAGGUAAUUUGGCAUAACUCAAUGUUCAAACAUGUGACACAAAAGGUUGCGUUUGUUUAUUGCGCAACGGGAAUAUUAAAGCGGUUUUUGAUCGCCUGUUGUAAUACACAACCCAAGUGUAUUUUUUCUAUCUUUCAUUGUACAGGUACUUCAAAGUGAGUUUGAUCCAGAGAAGGAAAUGGUGGAAGAAAUCAGACCGCUAGCGACUGCUGUGGUAAAUGCCAACCCAGAUUCCAAAACAUCAUUGCUCAUGAAAGACAAGAUGAACAAAGUUUCCACGCUUGCAUCCGAUACGCAGACCAUGUAUGAUGACAGGCUCAAAUCUCUAGAACUGACCCUCGAUGCCGGGGACAAAUUUUGGACGGGCUUAGAUGAGAUAAAGCACAUCCUCAAGGACGUGCAGGAUCAUCAGGACUCCGAAGAACCCCCGGCCGCUGAGCUAGAGGUACUGGAGGAGCAGAUUCACGAUCAUCAGGUAGGAAUCUCUUACUUCCUACUGUUUUGAACUAUCUCACUUUUACCACCAGCAUGUCUCUUUUCGUGAGACGUCAAAUAACACAGUCACACCAAACCAUCAACCAUGUCAAGUCAGUGACGUCCCAGUUUGUGUUCUCCGUGGUUUCUCCGACUGUAAUCUUUGUACGGUAUGGGGAACUCUUUUCUUAGAAGUCUUACCCAUGACCUGCAUAGCAUAUUUGGACCUACCGGUAAUAAACUUCUUGCGACAUCCCCUCUAAAUAUCUCUGGUUGUUUCGUCUUUUUUAUUUAGGAACUUCGAACAGAGCUGGACGCACAUAGUGAAGCAGUGAAUGUGUUGUGUGAAACCAGUCCUGUUCUUGUAGCGCACUGUAGUCCAGGCGACAAGAUGCUAGUACAAACAGAACUCUCCAAGGUCACCAAACAGUGGGCAGACAUCGAGAAGACCUGGAACAAGAGAGAAGCUGACAUGGCGGAAGUCAAGGAAACAGCUACUCAGUAUCACAAUACCCAUGACCCCUUGCUGGCUAAGUUGACUAACCUAGAACAAAGGCUGGCCGAGCAGCCGCCGGUAGGAACUGAGUUGGAUAUCGUCAAAGAACAACUUAAAGAGCAAAAGGUAACUUCUUUGUGCUAAAUUAACGAACGUCUUCUAAUGAUAUGUUUCUAUCAUCAUCACAAUUUAGCCUAGAGCAAUUGAAAUUUGCCAAUUUCUAGUCAAGUUUAUGUAGAACCUUUUCACAAAUGCAAAAUUAAUACCGAGGAUUUUUUGGUUCUGUUGUAAAAGUUAAACUACCGUAUUCGUGGCCUCUAAAACUAAAAAGCUUUCUUCUGUUAUAGGACUUCCAUAAGGAACUUACACCACUCCAAAGCGAUGUGACAGCUGUAAACCAAAAAGGUACAAUUCUUAGUGAGCAGUGUCGUCCGGAGGACGCAGAUCUAAUAGCGGCACAGCUGGAGGAUUUGAACACUCGAUGGGAUGACUUGUGUCUUCAUUCCGGUGAGAGGCAGCAGACAAUUGAAAGUGCUCUGUUACAGCUAGGACAGUUCCAACUGGCCUUAGAGGAACUUCUGGUUUGGGUCAAACAGACCAAUGCUACUUUGGAUGAGCAGCUGGCCAGGGAUGUUCAGGGAGACGUUAAGUUUAUUGAGGUGGAAAAAGCCAAACACAAGGUGUGAAUCUUUACUUUAGAGCAAGUGACGAAUAUCAAUCGUCAAAUGUCAAAUGUUGUUGUUUGUUUGUUUUUGUUGUCUGUUUGUUUUUUAAAGUAGAAAGAGUAAUUGUGACACAUGCACGAGGCGGCCCCAUGUUCUCAGUGAUGGGAAGCAAGCUAUCUCGCCUUUGAGCCCUCUCGGUUCUGGCUUUUCUCACCUUAACUGCUUAUAGUUAUUAGGACACUCAGAGAGAUAUUUACUUCUGCGAUUUUCGUCUUCAGAUUCUCUACAAUGACAUCUUGGCCCACGAACCAUCUGUGGAAUCCGUGACGCGCGCGGCUUCUUCCCUGCUGACGGAAAAUGGAGACAGCAAGUUGGAUAGUGGUUCCCUGCAGAUGAAGAUGACGGAACUACAGGACGGCUGGCAGGAGGUGUUAGACAAAGCAGCCCGCUUAGACGCCCACCUCGCAGCUGCCCUAAGCGCGUCUCAUGACGUCAUGGACCAGAUGAAGGAACUGAGAACUUGGCUGAAUGAGGGACGUGACUUCCUUGACUCCAGGAGACAAAUUGGCGGGCGCCCUGAGAGUGCACGUAACCAACUGACCAAGCAUAAGGUUUGUUUUGGGAAAUAAAUGCCUUAAAUUCUUACUUACGGGUUUGAACGAUAGUUUGAUUCAUUGCGGGGGUUUGAAAACAUAAUAUGAAUAUGUUUAAAAAUCCUUGAUAAUCUACUUUGUUGGAGUAGAGAAAACAUCACUCGCGCAAGAAUAAACCAGUUGCUACUGAACUAAAAAUUUUAAGAUGUUCUGCAAUAGAUAAACAAACCGGGAACGAUUUGCACUCGAACCACGCAGGCAAUAUUUUUUAUUGACGAUGUCAAUGAUCCCUUUACUUCUACAGGACUUCCUAGACGUACUUGAAAAACGUAAGGAAACAUACCAACGAAUCACUGAAGCCGUCCAAGCCAUGAUAAAGAACAGCGAUCCUACCACAGCAGCCUCCCUUCAAAGGCAGUCGGAUGAAUUGACAGAAGCCUGGGAACAAGUGAGCACAAAGGCUGACGAGGAAGGCCGUAAGUUGGAUGACGCGCUCAAGAAUGCAGUGGAAUUAGAGAAACAAAUCACAGAUAUGGACUCUUGGCUCACGCAGGUUCAUGAUCAAAUAGUGUCCUUUGAUAAUGUCAGCUGCAUUUUAGACAUUUUGGAAAAGCAACGACAGGAAUACAAGGUAUGAAAGGGAAAUGGAAUGGUGACACAUUACUUGAGUGAUAUUUGUAAUCCUAUAACUCCCAAGAUCAGAUGGUAAAUUCUCCCCUCUAGCUGUUACACAUUUCCUUGUAAAUUAAUUACAAGAAUUUUGUAUGACUUCUACCUGAUUAGUUUUAGUAUAUUACCUUUUUGCUGGAUAAUGUAUGGAUAUUAUAGAGAGAGGUUACAUGUUUAUCACUUGUGGGAGCUUAAGGGUUAAGAGAUGAUUAAACGCGCUAGCUGAAGUAUCAUGACAUCCUAAUGGAGCCGCAGCCUUCAAAUGAAACUCUUCCUUUUUUUUAAGCUUUUGUUUAUUUCUUUGCCUAGAAAAAGUUGUUAAGUAGUUUACUGCAGUUGAUAGAAACGGUCUUCGAAAAAAAUUUCUUCACUUUUAUUUGCUCUUUUUUUUACGAAGGUCGUUUAAGUGUUUUACUAAAUUCAAGAAUAGUGUCUGAACAAAAUUCCCAAUAAAUGUCCUCCUAAAUUUUAAAAAGUUACCUCUUUCUGAUGGAAAAACUAAGUAUUGAGUUUGAGAAUUUAGGUCGAGGGUCAAAGAGUUAAAUGGUCCUUCUUCCCUUAUAGGAUCUCAAAGAGGACAUUGACGCACACCGUGACCCGUUCAAACAACUCAAGGUACUAGCAUUCAAGAUCACAGAUGUGUGUCUCCAGGAGGACGUGACUUACAUCGACGAUACGAUCCGUGACCUGGAUGCUCGCUGGAAAGAGCUGACAGGUCUGUCUUCGGGUAGAAAGAAAGAUCUCGAUGAAAAUUACAAGCUGUCGCACAAGUUCUUCAAAGGUGCUGAAGAACUAUUGAACAUGCUGGACGAAGCUGAGCGGAGCCUUAAAGAUGAGGAACCUAUUGGGGUGGACCCCGCUCACCUGAGGUCCCAACUUAAAAAACACAAGGUUUGUGAAUGUCUUUUUUUUUCACUUUUUUGUCUCCUUUGUGCUAAAAGAGCAGCAUUACCUUAUUUUGGGUCAUUUUUCACGUCGUAGAGAGUUUCGUUCAACAGAAUAAAACGUCGAAAUAGUUAUUUGUUAACCUUGUACACCCUGACAUCAGUAUGCAUAUUCUCCAUACUGUUCUCUAAUCAUUUCCUAUGGUCCUUACAAGGAGAAUGUGUACAACAAUCAAUACUUUCUUUAGUUCGCGAUCAUCUCCUUUAUUCACAUGAGCUUAAGGUGAGAUUCAGGGGUGAGAAGUGUCGGCAGAGGUUGGACGCUUAUCACUUCUAGGGAUUUAAGGGUGAAGGUGGUAAAAGCUGAAAGGGAACAAGAAUAUAAAUCGAUAAAGCGACAACUUGCACGGGUCGCAGAUGAUAGAGAAUGAAGCAGCUUUUUGACAAUGUUGUUACUUAUCUCUCAGGAGUUCCAAUCCAUGCUCGGUGCCAACCAAACAUCAAUGGAUGGAAUCAUUAAGACGGGUAAAGUGUUGAUGGAGAAGAGUCCUGGAGAUGACGCCAUUAUUAUCGAAGGAAAGAUAGCUGACCUCAAGGCACGAUGGGACGCCAUCUGCGCGCUAUCAGUGGAAAGGUUAGUUGCAUGUAACACUUAGUAUCAUGGAGGUCUAACGCUUAAUAGUAAAACAAUUAGCUCUACGGUUUCUUUUUAUAUGAUGACUUGUGUUUGCUUCACUCCUUUUUCAGACAACAAAAACUAGAGGAGGCUCUCCUCUUCACUGGUAUGUUCCAGGAUGCCCUGCAGUCGCUGCUUGACUGGCUCAGUGCAGUGGAGCCUAGUCUUUCCACUGAAACUGCUGUCAUGGGUGACCCUGAAACUGUACAGAUCUUAAUUGACAAUCACAAGGUUAGGGAUGCAACAUGGAUUUCGAGCAUACUUGAACCGAAUCAGAAUCGUUUAAGAAAAUUUACUAAGCAUAGGACAUUCACUCGCGGAUUUUAGCAUGACAGAUUUGUACACAAAGAACGCAUGCUACUGACCGAGACAAAAACGCUGCACCGGUAUCGCAGAGGUCAUGGGUUCAAAUCCCGUACGAGCCUGAAAAUUUUUUUUACCAGUUCAGUAGUUUUCUUAGCUGCGAGGAUCUCUUAUAUUCACAUUCUAACAGUGUACUUGUUCCAAUCUUGCAGACCUUCCAACGCGAGCUCGGACGCCGCCAAGCAAAUUACGACUCGGUAAUGAAUACAGGUAGAACAAUGAUCAAUGAGAACAAAGUGGAGGACCCGCACAAACUGGAAGAGAGGCUCGAUGACUUGCGCAUGCGUUGGGAAGCCAUCAGCGCCUUAUCUAACACUAAACAAGAUAGGUAACGCUUUUUAAGUUGACUAAAACGGAAGCAUGUUUUGACAUUUUACCUUUCUGGCAAAAUUGCCUACUGUUCACACUACCCACUCACAGAUAACUAAAUUUCUCCAUUUAACUCAUCUGGUAGACUCGACAAUGCACUCGUUUUGGCGAAGGAGUUCGACACUGCCGUCAAGACAGAGUUGCGCAUACUGAAAGACUUCGAAGAUACGCUUAGGGGACUGGGUCCAAUUGCCGACGACUUAGAAACUAUUGCUGAUCAACUGAAUGAACACAAGGUACGUGUGAAGUAAUAGGACACCGUUGGCUAACUUUCAAUUUAUGAGAAGUGGCUCUUCUUUUUACGAGUCAUGACGAUCUCCGAAUUUCAAAGGUUUUCUAACAUUUGCCUUAGCUCCUUGUGCGAUCGCGAAGUUUGCCUUUAAUUGUACAAAGAUUUAGUGUAGGUCCGUUAAGUUUGCCACAUUAACAAUUCAUUGGAUUCGUGUCCAUGGUAGGUUUUCCACGAAGAUCUAAUGGCAGAGGAAGUGAACGUUCAAUCAGCCAUUAAGAAGGGCCAAGUGAUUGCACGAUUCUGUCAUCCAAGCGCACUGCCAAUCAUCCAGCAAUGGAUUGCAAGAUUAAAGAAACGAUGGGAUGAGGUGACUUAGUGAAUCUGUACAUUUGAAUACGAGCUGUAAAACAAAGCUAUUCGCUAUGAAACGUUCGUCAGUAAUAUUGUCUGUGAGUGUGGACACAUUAGAGCUUCCUCCUUUAAAACUUUUUCCUUGUCUAAAGUGGCAAAGAAUUAAGGUGGAGCAGAAUUUUCCUGAAAUCUUCGUGACAAGUGUCCUUUUCAAGUUAAGUCAUCUACACCAGAAAAUUUUUUCCUUGAAAAGUUUUUCCUUCACAAUCCUCCUUUUCCAAAAACUGGCGAGUCAGGUUCUCAGCAAGGUGACUUGCCAAGGGAAAUUUCGUCAUAUUGUUUAACCUUCACUGCUAAGGGAAAUUUUUUCUAAAGAAUAUUUGUUAAAGAAAACCUGCUGGUGUAAUUUGACUGUAAUUGGAUGAAUAACAAACAGUUGGCUGGCGCUUUUCCAGGUUCGCAAAUGGUCAGUUCAAAGAUUGACUCGCCUGGAGGAAGAACAAUCUAAGCUGACAGAGGAGCAAAGCAUGAUGGAGGAACUGCUGCAGUGGAUUGGAGAGAAAGAAGAAAUCCUGAUCGAAAAGGAAAAUGAGCCUAUCCCUGACGAUGAUUACGAGCAAGUCAUGACGCUGUUGGAAGACCACAAAGGUUUUCAAGAAGAAAUGGCCAAGAAACGGCCAACAUACGACAGACUCACCAAGUCGGUAAAACGACGUGGUUCUGUAGCGCCUACCGCUGUUUCUGCUGCCCCAGUCCAAGCUCAGACCACUCCGGACAAGCAAGGUCGGCGUGGAAGCAGAAUACCUAAACUCACCUCCAGUCCUUCUCCGUCCUUCACUCGCGAACGGUCACGCGAGAAGUUGACGCUGGUCACCAGCCCGGGUUCUUCGUUCACUCGGUCUGGUUCCACCACACUUGAUAAGAAUCAUCCAGCUUUGCUGCACUUGUCCAAACGAUGGCAGCAUUUGUGGCUUCUUUCGAUGGAGAGGCUGCGACGUCUUCAAGAGAAGUUGGAACGAAUUGCCAUCGUAAGUAAAGUUACUGUGUUUCAGUCGCGCAUCACUCAGGAAAAUAAAAAGGCGUGAUUCACGCUGUUUUGAUUUAGUUUGUUUCCUCGCGAAAAAAAGCUUAUUUAGCGAUGCCUUUCCUCAAAGUUCACAAUGAAUCGCUGCUUUUUUCCCGCUUUUUUUUUCUUUUUAUCUAGCUGUUGUGACAUUUUAUCAAUCUUUCUGAAUAAGUGGGUGGACAAUUUUCAAUAGUAAAUUGAUUAUUUUUUCUUUUUUUAUAACAAAUAUUCAAUUUAUUUCCUUUUGCAGAGACGAGCCUCGGCGAAGUUUGACUUCAACGAGUGGAAGAGUAGGGUAAGUUUAUCAAACAGAUUAUGAACAAUUUACUGUAAAGAUAGAUCUUCUUUUUCAAGAUAUGCACACGUAUUAUUCCAGUUACUUCUUGUCGUUUUAUUGAUCUGAUGAAUUUUUUUUUGUUCACAGUUUAACAAAUGGCUGCGUGACAGCAAGUCACGCGUUCUUGACAUCUUCCGCCGCAUGGAUCAAGACCGAGAUGGCAAGCUUACCAGAGAGCAGUUUAUCUCAGGAGUGCUCAGCACAAGUAAGCGUGACAUAUUGUUCCACCUUAACUUGUUGACAUACUUAUUAAGCUAAGCGUGACAUACUGUUUAAUAUAAACGUGACAUGUUUGGAGUAACACCCUUUCUGUCUUUGUUUUCUAGGUUUCCCAACAGAGAGAUGGGAGAUGGAAAUAGUCGCCAGUAAAUUUGAACGUGAUGGACUGAUCGACUACAAAGAAUUCGUAAACUCGCUUAAGGAUAAAAAACCAGUAAGCACCAUUUCCUACUAGUUCAACUCAUGACAUUUAAAAGGGGAGUUGUGGCACAUCUUGUUAGGAGGCGCGGGCUUUGUGGUCAGCGGGCGUGCUUUCUAGAUAGAAAGUUCUGGCCCCAAGCCUUCGGCCGGUUUAUUGUGUUGUGUUCCGGAAGAAGACACUUAACCUCUAGACUUUCUUCCUCCACAGGGGAAUAUAGAAGGGUACCAGAAAACUAUCAGUGAAAACUAGCGGAUUUUAGGUGGUUCCCUUAAAUUAAACUAGCUCUCCGCUUCGUGCCACUGAAACUAGGAAACGUUGUUGCAGUAAGGGGCCAGUAUUCACCAGGAGUGUGUAAUUAUAAUUAUAAUUAUUGGUCUGACACUUAUUCCUUUCAUCAGACUAAGAAGCCAGAGAAGCCAAAGACUGAAGAACAACAGAUUCAGUCUGAAAUUGAACGCCUGUGUCGUAAGUGCGGCGUGACAUUUGUCAAAGUGGCCGAGAACAAGUACAGGGUAAGAGCCCCCUUAAAUAAUUAAUAUUUAGCUUUCCAAGCUCACAAUUCCUUCACCGCUUUGCCGAUUUAUUUCCUCGGUUAUUUCGUCACAUCGCACCAAACUACUCUCUCAGCAUUGGACAGUUUGCUUGAUACUAUUAUGCGCAAUCUGAUUGGUUGUUUGCUCGUUUCGCAUCAGAAAGUACAUCAGCGAAGUGGUGUACGAUGCAAUUUUGUAGAUUUUCAUGAUAUUACGAAGUAAAUAUGUAAAAUUCUUUAAUUAUAACUUUGUAAAACGAUGCAACAUAGCAACUUGUUAAGGAGAAUUUUCCUCAGGGUUGUGUUUAUACUUAUCCUGUGACCGCGGUGUGAGUAGUUUUCUGUAUGCUUUCUCACGGAUCUUUCCGCACACCGAAAACUGAUCACCAAUCACCACUGCUUACUUUAUAUUUAACCGUCUGUUUUGUCAUCUCUUACAGUUCGGUGACUCCCAGAAGAUGCGUUUGGUUCGUAUCCUUCGCAGCACUGUCAUGGUACGAGUCGGAGGAGGCUGGGAAACACUGGAAGAAUUCCUUCUAAAGAACGAACCCAGCAAAGGUAAAUAAAAGCACUUAGAGGCAAAGAAACUAUAACCUACCACAACUAAACAAGUUGUUGCCGACCAAAGACUUUUUAACUCCUUUACACCCUAACAUCAGUUUCCGUAUUCUUCAUACUCUUCUCUACAAUUUCUAUGGUACUGGCAGGACAAUCUGUUUUUGAACAAUUAAGGAGAUGUUGCAUGUUGAUCUCAUUGUGUCAUAUUUUUCCUUUAGCUACUGGACGAACAAAUGUAGAACUUAGAGAACAGUUGUCAAGACCUGAAGGCGUCACACAGACCAUGGGAGCCUUCACAAGCAAACGACACUCGGAACAGAAAUCGACAGUGGUCACGGAAAAACCGCCCACUGGUCUCGGUCGAAAACCUAGGCUCGACGUUCCGAGUAGUGGUUACGGCCUCCGUCGAGAGAAAUCCGGUGAACUUCGGCCUCGUCGUGAAAAGUCGGGAGAACUUCGGCCACCAAGUGGUCCCACCAAACAGAGAAGCGGAACAAAUUUAAAGGGGACGGCUGAAAAGUCCCCCUCCACGAAGAGACCUAGUGGCGUAUCAAGGGUUAGGAAAUCUGACAGUCAGACGUCACUUGGUAGUACGGGAUCGCUCGAGGACUCUUCGGAGGGCACUUCACCUCGGGUAUCUUCGGGAAUCCCCUCAAGCCCAAGCAGCACCUCGUCUCGCGGGUCUCCGGAUCGUCCAGGUUCGGCCGCGUCUAAAUCAGCUACUAAGUCGACUGGAAUGGCAAGAACCGGAAGUCGGGAAAAUGUGCGAGGUAGCAGGGAGAGUCUUCACAAAGCCAAAGAAGGAACGACGAAAAGUUCUGGGAUGACUAAAAGUACAACGAGAAGCCCUGGAACAACAAAGUUAAAGAACGGAGAAGAAAAGAAAGGUCCGAAGAAGUAAAGGAAAAAACUGUUUUUCAAAUCAUUUUUGUUUUUGGAUUGAAACGAAGCGAAUUUGAAUAGGCAGAGCGAAUUAAUAGGUAGUCUUAAAUUAAUUUUUUUUGUCUUCAUCAAGCUAGGAAAGUAUUUAAUUUAAUGCUCUUAAAGAGAGUCAAAUUUAAUUAUGUGGUAUGAUAUUGUUUCAUUUAACUUCGUUUAUAUGAAAAGCUAACAACGACCACAAACACGCAGUCGUUCUAUUUCGUAAACUUAAUUUUUCGUAAUUUUACUAAGAUAAGAAAAACCGUCAUUUUUGUACUGGGCGCUUUUUAUAAUACACUUCCAUUUUCUCGAAGGCAAUUAAAGCUUUUCACUGAGUGCAUUACAACGCUCUGGUCGUUUCGCCCGUAAUAUAGCUCUUUAAGAAUGUGAGAGCAAACUAAGUUAAACCUUUUUGGGACAAUAAUAUUUCUUGAAAAAGUGUAGAGUUUGUAUGUGAAUCUUCAAGAAACUAUUUAAGUAGAGAUUAAUAUUGUCAAUUUGCACGUUUGCCAUGAACUAUUUUAAUGUGAAACCAUUUGUUACAGAGAGUACAGCUUCCAGACUCUCUCGAUACAGUGGAUUCUAUGUUUUUGUGAAUGUUAAGUAAAGCUUUAAAAAUUUUGUAGGAAUUGAAUAAACAAAGGUAAUUUUCUAUGAC